GGCAAAGGAUAGCCAGAAUGAAUAACAAGGGAGUGAUCCACUAUUACAACGGCACAGAUGCGUUAUACACCUUGUUCAAUAAUGGCAUUCUGGAGAUCAGAAAUGUGACCUUCGCCGAUAAUUAUACGGAAUACCGAAGCGAAGUGCGUAGUGCAUGGGACUUGCACCCCGAACACAUAUUGCUUUCCUUCUAUGAAAAUGAAGGUAAAAAAGUGCUCAAUAGCUUUUUUUUGGCUAAGUAUUUAACUAGAUCUAAGUUUCGUUGCUUUAGAUGAUAAAUAUUAUUGCAUUCGUCAGUAUAUAAUUAUACGUUUUUUAAGAUCAACAAGUGAAAGCAAAAUGCUGAGUUCCUCAUUUAACAAAACAACGUGCUCACAGAAAAAAAAAAAAAAGAAAACAGACAAACAGACAAAAACAAACAAACAAACCGAAAACACCAAGAAAAACAAAGAAGUUUUCCACAUUGCUAUUCAGGUGAUCCAUAGGGUAAGAAAGUCUUUUACAUGGAAAUAAAGCAUGUUUGGUAGGGACAAGUUAGACCUCGUCUUUGUUAGUUUUCUAAAUAUUGCUAUUGCGGGACAAAAUUCAGUUGCGCCACGACAAAAUUUCAUAAAGAAUGAAAUUCAACUUGUUAUGUUUCUUAGUGAGUCUUUGUCUGUCAGGGUGACAUUAAUGACCCAGAUUUCUCAGUCUACCAUACCUCAUUCACCUAUCCCAAAUGUUACAAAGCUAAUACCAGGUCUGCGAACACUAAUCGGCAAUUUUUUCCGGGAAAUUUUUACAAUUUUGCUCGGGUAGACCAAAAGAACAUUCUACCAGGGACAAAUUUUCUCCACAUAAACAGUGGGGCCUAAGUGGCUGAACUAGACUUGCUCUACAGAAACAACAAACAGCAAAGUUCAAAACAACUACAGCACAUGUACAUGUAAGAAUGAAAAAAAAAAAGACGUUUAUGCACUGGAUUGGAUAAGAUUUGUACUUUAAUCUGUGUUUUUAGAAAAUGAGAGAGUAUGGAAAAAUCAGUAUAAGACUGGAAGACUUUCCAGGAGGGGCAAAAUUUAAAUUACUGUAUUGUACAAAAUACAUUACCUUGGGGAGAUGAAUUUAGUUUCAUAACUUUUAUCAUAUUUCGACAAGCCAAACUAGCCCUUGUCACGGGUGUAAGGCGUUGGAAACACAAUGACACCAUUUAAAAAUAAGAGGAGGUUCACUGAGGUCAUUAUUUGCUUGAUAAUAACUGACUUUCACGACUGUGUUUUCACGCGCGGUUUAUUGCCUAUAUUGUCUAUGCGAGAAAGCGAGCGAACGAAAUACACGAAUGCGUACUUCUGUUCCCUGUGUCACAUUCAGUGACGGUUGCAAUUUUGUCACGUGCACUCUCGUAUUUCUCUCACUAUGCUAUCAUUGCUGAGAAAAUUUCACAAUUUCACAAAUCAUUUAUUGUAUACAGUCUGUCAAACCUCUUACGAAAACAAAAGAGGCAGAUUUCAGAGGUGCUAUUACUAAAGAGGUAGUAAAAGUAUGAAAGUUGGUAUCUUUUAGAUCUUUGAGACCAAGAGAACUACUCAUAAAAAAAAUCUAGAGUUUUCCAUAUUAGAGAGUUUUUCAUAAGGAGGAUUUCAACUGUAUCUUUACUAUUUAUUUCCUUAUCGAGUAGCAAGUAAAAAGAGGAGGACAAACAGUGCACCCAUUUUAUGGCCAGUGGUUCCUGGUCCAAACAGAAUAUCCUCUCACCCGUUCCAAAUGGCCCUGUAUCUCCAAGAGGAAUAUAGCCACUUGACUUGGCAUAAGUGCAUUGCCCACUGCCAUUCAAGGCAUGAUCAUAUCUGGCAAAGGAUAGCCAAAAUGAAUAACAAGGGAGUGAUCCGCUAUUACAACGGCACAGAUGCGUUAUACACCUUGUUCAAUAAUGGCAUUCUCGAGAUCAAAAAUGUGACCGUCGCCGAUAAUUAUACGGAAUACCGAAGCGAAGUGGGUAGUACAAGGAACUUGGACCCAGAACACAUAUUGCUUUCCUUCUAUGAAAAUGAAGGUAAAAAAGUCCUCAAUAGCUUUUUUUUGGCUAAGUACUUAAUUAGAUCUAAGUUUCAUUGCUUUAGAUGAUAAAAAUUAUAGCAUUCGUCAAUAUAUAAUUAUACGUUUUUCAGAUUAACAGGUGAAAGCAAAAUGCUGAGUUCCUCAUUUAACAGAACAACGUGCACACAGAAAAAAAAUAGACAAAAGCAAACAAACAAACAAACCAAUUAAGAGGUUUGCCAUAUUGCUAUUCAGGUAAUCCACAGGGUAAGAAAGUCUUCUACAUGGAAUUAAAGCAUGUUUGGCAGGGACAAGUUAGACCCCUUCUUUUUAGUUUUUAAAUAUAUAGUGCUAUUGAGGGACAACAUUCAGUUGCGCCACGACAAAAUGUCGUAAAUAAUUCAACUUGUUAUAUUUUUUUAGUGAAUCAUCGCGCAAAGUAUUAUUAAUGACCCAGAUUUUUUAGUGUACCAUGCCUCAUUCACCAUAUCCCAACUGUCACAAAGCUAAUACCUGGCCUGCGAACACUAAACGGCUCUCAACAUAAGCUAACCAGAAGCUGUGCUCUGUCGUUUUUCUUUUUUACUUACUACUGCUAAUAAAUGAAUAAAUUAUCCUUUGAUUCCACCAACAGCCGAAACAUGCCUCCAAACCAGAAUAAACGCAAGCAGCCCCAAAAUCCACAGUAACAGUAUCGAUGCAUCAGGAAACGCAAAGCCUUGCAAUUCACUGCUAGGU